GCCCAGUCCAGCCACACGGUGUCAGAGAGGAGAAGAGAACGAGAUAGAGUGCGUGGAGCCGCUCAGUCAGAGCUGUCAUUGAGCAUAUACUGCUGCUUUCUGUGGAUUUUUUUCCCCUUUAGCUGUUUCGAGGUUGAAGAAAGGAGUUUUGGGUUCAUGGCUGACAAGAGUAUAUCAGAGGGAGCCUGCCUUGUUGUGUAUGCAUGGAGUCUGCCCAUAGAAAGCUGAGGUGCACGCCGUCCCUCCAAACCAGCAUCCCUUGCAAACACGAGGGUGUGCCCGAAACUGCUUAGGCCUUUCUUUCAAGGCGCCCGGAGCUGUCUGAGGAGAGAGACGGACGGGAGCAAGGCAGGGGGAAAAAAAAAACACGCUAACUUUUGAUGAAUUCCACCAAAACCUGAAAGUCAAAUAGAGGGCUGCUUGUCCCGGGGAGACAUGUGGACAAUAAGGAUGGCCUGCCUCUGUCUCCAAGUCUUCACUCUUUUACUUCUUAUUUCUCUUCAUUUGGCUGCUGCCGAGCAUGAUGUCACUCCACGCCUCACCUUCUCUUAUGAUGCAAACGAGAGGGCAUCCAGAAGUUUCUCAGUCAGAGGGGUCUUCAACUUCACAUCUCUGCUGCUUAGUAAAGAAGAUAACAAGCUGUACAUUGGCGCUCGAGAACUUCUGUUCGCUCUCAACUUGUCAGACAUCAGCGAAAUGACACUGCACAGAAAUCUCACAUGGAAAACUCCAGACAGGAAGCGAGACGAAUGCAGUUUUAAAGGAAAAGACCUGCAAACUGAUUGCUUCAACUACAUCAAGAUCUUACUGAGAGUGAACAGCACUCACCUUUACGUGUGUGGAACCUACGCCUUCAGCCCCAUCUGUGCUUACAUUAACACUGCCAACUUCUCCCUCGUCAGGAGUAACUCUGGCGAGAUUGUCACAGAGGAUGGACGGAGCCGUUGCCCCUUUAACCCUGAAUACAAGUCCACCGCCAUCAUGGCUGAUGGAGAACUGUAUGCUGGGACAGUCAGCAAUUUCCAGGGGAAUGAACCAAUCAUUUAUAAGAGUCUCAGCCAAGGAACUGCUCUAAAAACGGAAAAUUCACUCAACUGGCUUCAAGACCCGGCCUUUGUGGGUUCCGCUUACAUCCAGGAAAGCCUGCCCAAGGGCAACCCUGUGGGUGAUGAUGAUAAGAUUUACUUCUUCUUCAGUGAGGCGGGAAAGGAGUUUGAUUUCUUUGACAACACCAUCGUGUCACGCAUUGCUCGCGUGUGCAAGGGAGACUUGGGAGGAGAACGUGUCCUGCAGAAAAAGUGGACCACCUUUCUCAAAGCUCAGCUUUUGUGCUCACUGCCUGAUGACGGCUUCCCGUUUAACAUCAUCCAGGACAUGUUUGUGUUGACACCCAGCCCAGGGGACUGGAAGAACACUGUGUUUUAUGGUGUCUUCACCUCUCAGUGGUAUAAUGGUGCUUCAGGAAGCUCUGCUGUGUGUUCCUUUACCAUGGACCAAGUGGAAAAGGCCUUCAGCGGCCGUUACCGUGAAGUCAACAGAGAAACCCAACAGUGGUACACUUAUAACCAUCCCGUCCCUGAACCUCGACCUGGAGCGUGUAUCACGAAUGGAGCCCGUAGCCAGCACAUCUCGUCAUCACUACACAUGCCAGACAAGGUGUUGAAUUUUGUCAAAGAUCACUUCCUCAUGGACAGCGUGCUCCGCAGCCAGCCUCUGUUGCUCAAACGCCACGUUCGCUACAGGCAGAUUGCUGUGCAUCAAGUGCAGGCGGUGCACAAAGCCUACCAUGUGCUCUUCAUUGGCACCGAUGAUGGCAAACUCCAUAAAGCCAUAAGCGUGAAGAACAAGAUGCACAUUAUCGAGGAGAUGGUGCUCUUCCGUGACUCCCAGCCAGUGCAGCACAUAGAACUAGACUCUGAAAGGGGUCUGCUCUAUGUUUCCACUUUCUCUGAACUGGUGGAGGUCCCGGUAGCUAACUGCACUAAUUACCAGAGCUGCGGGGAGUGCAUCCUCUCCAGGGACCCUUACUGCGCCUGGAAUGGCAGGCAGUGUGUUGAUGUCAGACAGGCUCCACCAAGCAAUGUGUUGCAGCAGGAUGUGGAUAAUGCAGACGCGGCAGCUAUUUGCACCAAGACAGUAGCUAGUGCACGCUUUGCUAAAUCUGCACACACACGAACGUCAUCAUGUCAGGUGAUCAUUAUUCCCUCCAACACCUUCCAAGUGUUGCCGUGUGUGCUGCGCUCCAAUCUGGCUGACAGAGCGUGGGUGUUCAGUGAGAGUUCGGGUCACUUCCAUUACCCCAGUCCAGAGGGGGGGCUGGUGGUGUUUGCUCAGGCUGACCAACAGGAGACCUACGAGUGCUGGUCUGUGGAGGAAGGUUUCCGACAGCUACUGGCAAACUACUGCGUGAGGGGCGAGGCCAAGCACGAGAGCACCACUCAGAUGGGCCGCACACGGGCACCGGCCAUGUCACAGGACGAGUUUGUCAUCCUUCCCGGCGAGGCUCGCUCCCCGCAGAUCAAUACCAAGACCUACUGGAACGAGCUAAUCGUAGUGUGCGCCCUUUUGGCCUUCUCUUUGCUGGUCUUUUCCCUGUUUGUGGUGUACAGGCACCGCGACCACAUGAAGUCCAUGCUCAAAGAGGGCGAGUGCCCCAACAUACAACAGAAGAAGCCCAGAAUGGUUGUGAAGCCCGCUGAGAACUUGCCGCUCAACGGCAACGCGGUGGCCACCUCGGUGGCGGAUCACAAGGGCUACCAGACACUUCACGACAACUACAUCUGCGGCACACCGUCCCAUGAGUACUCGUCUCCUGACAACAGCAAGAGCUUCUCAGAGGCAGAGAAGAGGCCUCAGAACUUACAGGAUAGUCGAGUGGAGAUCUCUUCUACCAGCCCACGGCCUCGAGUUAGACUGGGAUCGGAGAUAAAAGACUCAGUGGUGUAAAGAUUCACCAGGAGGGACACCUUUUAAAUGAAUAUAAGUGACAGUGCACCUGCUGAAAGACUCCUCGGAGAUG